GCCGCGCUGCUUCCAGCCUCCAGUCUCCAGUGUGUGUCAGUGUGAGUGUGAGAGAGCGUGAGAUUGUGUGUGUGUGUGUGUGUGUGAGGGAGAGAAGGAGAGAGGGAGAGGAACGGACAGAUCGCGAGCAGCAGCUUCAGAGCGAUUUAACCAGGAGCUCAGGAACGAUCAAAGUGCCGAAGGGACUUUAGCGCGCGCUCGAUUUUCUCCUCUCCGGACCAUGUUCCUAGUGCAGUACACAGGACUAAACCCGCUACCCUUUGACCCCGCAACCAACAACGAGCCGCUGCAAUUUAAUAACUCCAAUGGGCCUCUGGUGUCCGAGUGUCCUCUGGAGAGCAGUACUGAAAACGGCAGCAAGAAAAGGAAGAGACCAAAUCUUCCUCCAGAGGGGCUGCGGAAUAUAGCAAUGGACUCCAGCUCGUUGGGAAUGCCAAUGUCAGACCCGAACGCCUGGGCCACUGCCAUGAACAACUUAGGGAUGGCACCCAUGGGCAUGACCGGACAACCUCUCAUGUCAGAUUUUGACCCCAGCCUUGGCAUGAUGACGGGUAUUGCUCCGAUGAAUCCGAUGAUGCCCGGUUUGGGCAUCGUGCCGCCUCCUAUUUCUCAAGACCUACCUAUUGUGAAGGAGAUCAUCCACUGCAAGAGCUGCACCUUGUUUCCUCCCAACCCUAGACAAGCCCGGGUUCUCCACAUUGACCUUGACCACGGGGCAGUGAAGGACACGUGCUACUCGGCCCUCAGCACUGAUCUGCCUCCUCCAGCCACACGUGAGAGACCCCCGGGCUGUAAGACGGUGUUCGUAGGAGGGCUACCUGAAAACGCUACCGAGCAAAUCAUAUCAGAAGUGUUUGAGCAGUGCGGCGCCAUCAGCGCCAUCCGCAAGAGCAAGAAGAACUUUUGCCACAUCCGCUUCGUUGAGGAGCACACAGUGGACAAGGCACUUUUCCUGUCUGGUUACCGGAUCCGCCUCGGCUCCAGCACAGAUAAGAAGGACACGGGUCGGCUGCACGUGGACUACGCUCAGGCUAGAGAUGACCUGUACGAGUGGGAGUGCCGGCAGCGCAUGCUGGCGAGAGAAGAAAGACACCGGCGGAGGAUAGAGGAAGACCGUCUGCGUCCGCCGUCUCCGCCUCCCAUCGUUCACUACUCGGAGCACGAAUGUAGCCAGCUGGGGGAAAAAAUCAAAGACGAUUCCAAAUUUCCCGAGGCGGUGCGAGUGCUCCUGACCUGGGUGGAGCGAGGCGAAGUGAAUCGCCGCAACGCCAACAACUUCUACUCCAUGAUCCAAUCGUCCAACAGCCACAUCCGCAGGCUGAUGAACGAGAAAGCGGCUCACGAGAAGGAGAUGGAGGAGGCUAAGGAGAAGUUUAAAAACGCCCUGGCUGCCAUCCUUGUACAAUUUGAGCAGAUUGUGUCUGUAUUCCACGCUGCUUCCAAACAAAAGGCAUGGGACCAUUUCUCCAAAGCCCAACGCAAGAACCUGGACAUGUGGCGCAAGCAAGCAGAGGAAAUCAGGAACAUCCAUAACGAGGAACUGAUGGGAAUCCGGCGGGAAGAGGAGAUGGAAAUGUCCGAUGACGACAUGGAGGACGCGCCGGAGAGCAAAGACUCGGAUGACUCAGGGCCACUGGCACAGGUGGAGGCCCUGAGGGAGGAGAACGACAGUCUGCGCUGUCAGCUGGAUGCCUACAGAAAUGAGGUGGAGCUGCUGAAGCAGGAACAGAGUAAAGCUCAUCCUCAGCGCAGUGAGGAAGACACGACACGCCAACAACAGCUCAGUUUCCUACAACAAGCACUGCAGGGCAUGCAAAAGCAACUGCUGAAGAUCCGUGAUGAGCUGAAACAGAGAGAGAUGGAGCUGGAGAAGAGCACAGAGGACAAACAGCAGCUGGAGAGUCAAAUCCAAAGCCUUAAAGACAGAAUUCAAGCCUUCCCCGCAUCACACACCCUGCCUUUGGAGAGGCCGGAGUGGGAGGACAGAGGCAGCGAUGAAAAUACAAGUCAUGCCAAUGAGUCAGCAGCAUCCGCAGUGGUGUCCUGCAGUCAAGAGAAAGAGAGUGUCCCAGAGAAAGGUCCACCCAGUCCUGUGAAAUCUGAAAGAGAGGCGCUGCUCGUGGGAAUCAUCUCGACGUUUCUCCACGUGCAUCCGUUCGGGGCCAGCAUCGAGUACAUCUGCUCCUAUUUACAGCGUCUGGACACCAAGAUCAGCACGACGGAGGUUGAGACGCUGUUGGGUCGACUGCCCUACACCUUUAAGCAGGAGCUGACGGGCGUGGGGGCCAGUCUGGAGAAGCGCUGGAAGUUCUGCGGAUUCGAAGGCAUCAAGACGGCAUAGAGUCAUGCCUCUGAGCGUUUAAACCCCAAAGACUGGCACAAAGGCCCACAGAGAGGAGCGAGUCCUUCUGAUUAGCCGUCAUCGGGUCGCCGAGGCUCGGACAGGAAGUGUGGUAUGGGACAGGAAGUGUGGACUCCUGGGCUCCUGGGUGUGUGUACGUUCUACAGUGUUCAAGCACAGACUUGUUUGAGUGUGUGUGUGUGUGUGUGUGUUGCUGCCAUACGGAAGGACUGGUGUGAGCCACAGAGAUAACCAGCUCCGACCUGCUGAGGGUUCAUCAGAACAGAAGCAAGCUGGACGAAAUGAUUUCCAUCAACUUUGUUUUACUUUCUUUCUGUUCAUUUUUUUUUAAAGAAAAAGAGACAUCAAGCAAAUAUCUUUCUUUCUUUCUUGUUUCUUUCCCUCUGUAUAGGUUGCUGACAGCGGUUUUUGUUCACAUAUCCUGUAAAUGUUUGAAUAACUUACUAUUUUUAAAUAAAAAAGAACACGACACGA